CCUUUCACUAAUUUUGCGGAAAGAUCAAAAGAACUAUCGCUACUGGGAUGCCAUGCCAAUAAAUGAAACAGGCUGUUGGAAAUACAAUUCACGAGAUUCCAAUGCUUCAUUAACCAAUGUAAUUACCUUAUAAAAGCUUUUGCUGUGCGCAUAGAAGAUCAAAGCUUCGAUAAGAAGAGUUUGCAACAAAAAUAACUUAAAGGUCAGGAUAGUUAAACUUUAAACUGAAGAAGAUGGAAGGCACUGAACAACUCGUCGUUGAAACCACGGACAAUCAAAAGACAAAACCACAAAGCUCGCUAAAGCGUAAACUGUUAAUCACUGCAAUUUUUCUUAUUAUCAUUAUAAUAAUUGUCGUCAUCAUAAUAGUCGCAGUGAAAAGUAAAGAUUCAGACGAUAAAAACGAAACAAAUAGUCGAAGCAAAAGAGCACUAGCUGUUUUAGAUGAAUACCCUUUAAUUGAUGGACAUAACGAUCUACCUUGGCAAUUACGAAUUAAUUACAGGAAUCAACUUUCCAAGGUCAAUCUAAAUGACAAGUACAUCAAGGGAUAUGAUAACAAAAGAAAGAUGCAUAAUCUUCAUACCAGCAUCCCAUUAUUGAAGGAGGGAAAAGUUGGUGGACAAUUUUGGGCUGCUUACAUGUCAUGUAAAACACGUGAGAAUGAUGCAAUUCGAAAUGUUUUGGAACAAAUUGACGUCAUCAAGAGAUUUUCCAAACAUUAUAACGACACUUUUGAAUUUGUAACUACCGCUGAUGGAAUUCUCCAAGCGCACAAAGAUAAAAAAAUUGCUUCACUUAUUGGUGUUGAAAGUGGAAUGGCCAUCGAUUCUAGUUUAGCAGUGUUACGUAUGCUGUACGAACUUGGUGCACGGUAUAUGACGAUCACUCACUCGUGCAACGAGCCUUGGGCUGACAACUGGAAAGUCGAUAAUGUAAACUCCACAGAUCCAGCUCGAAGUAAUGGACUCUCAGCUUUUGGAAGGGAAGUGAUAUUGGAGAUGAAUCGACUGGGAAUGCUGGUUGAUUUAAGUCAUGUGUCACACCAAACAAUGAAAGUUGCCUUGCAAAUUACACGUGCACCUGUGAUAUUCAGUCACAGUGGAGUUUAUGCGGUUUGUAAUCACAACAGAAAUGUCAGGGACGACAUCUUACACGAGGUUAAAAAAAAUGGUGGCGUUGUGAUGGUAGUUUUUUAUAACGCUUAUGUAAACUGUGCACCAAAUAAGGCCAACACAACAACAGUUGAAUCUGUGUUACGCCACAUCAACUAUAUAAAGAAUCUGAUUGGCUCAGAAUAUGUUGGAAUAGGAAGCGAUUAUGAUGGAGUGCCAUAUGUACCAGAAGGGUUAGAAAACGUCUCAAAAUUUCCAAAUAUUUUCAUGAAAUUAGCAGAACAAGGAUGGAGUGAUACAGAAUUGAAAAACUUAGCUGGUGCUAAUUUAAUUCGUGUUUUCAAAAAAGCGGAGCAGAUCUCAAAACAGCUUGCAAGUGAAAAACCAAAAGAAACUUUAAUGGAAGUUGAAGAGUUUUUUGACGUCAAUGGAACAUGCAGAAAAGACUGGUUGGAAGGUCGCAACGCUAGUUUAUUGGGAGGGAAAUAAUAACUUUGCGUGACAUUGGUUCUGUACAUUAAAAGAUGUUUAACUUUUAUGAAGGCUGUUAGGUAAUGAUAAAGGAGACAAACUGAAAACAUUUUGCGUAACUAGAUUUCUUGAAAGUUUCAAAAAAUUAAUUGUGAAA